AUGGGAGGGCUCUGGCCUCCGGCUUGGAGACGCGUCGUUUUCUGCGGGUGGCCUUGGAGCCACGUUGGGCGCCCAACCCGGGCUGCCGAGAGGGCAGAGCCGUGUCUCAGGCCGGGGAGGAGCGGACCGGCGGGUACUGAGCAGGGGCUGAGGCGGCUCGGGGCAUGGAGGCGCCCGAGCCCGGCGGAGCAGCCGCUUCGGCGGCCGAAGAGCACGAACCCCUAUACGCGCUCGCAGGAGGAGGACUGGCGGCGGCGGAACAAGACGGUCCUUACCUACGUGGCCGCGGCGGCGGUGGGCAUGCUGGGCGCGUCCUACGCCGCCGUGCCCCUUUACCGGCUCUACUGCCAGACUACUGGACUUGGAGGAUCAGCAGCAGCAGGUCAUGCAUCAGACCAGAUUGAAAACAUGGUACCUGUUAAGGAUCGCAUCAUUAAAAUCACCUUUAAUGCAGAUGUGCAUGCAAGUCUCCAGUGGAACUUUAGACCUCAGCAAACAGAAAUAUAUGUAGUGCCAGGAGAGACAGCACUGGCAUUUUAUAAAGCUAAGAAUCCUACUGACAAACCAGUAAUCGGAAUUUCUACAUACAAUGUUGUACCAUUUGAAGCUGGACAGUACUUCAAUAAAAUACAGUGCUUCUGCUUUGAAGAACAAAGGCUUAAUCCACAAGAGGAAGUAGAUAUGCCAGUAUUUUUCUACAUUGAUCCUGAAUUUGCUGAAGAUCCAAGAAUGGUGAAUGUUGAUCUCAUCACUCUUUCUUACACUUUUUUUGAAGCAAAGGAGGGGCAUAAGUUGCCACUCCCAGGCUAUAGUUCAAAUCACCAAUUAAGUCCUCCUUCAAAUUUGUGA